CCCACAUUCAAAACUCCGAGGCAAAGAAGACCAAGGUCUGAGGGGCGCGACUAGAGGCCCUCUCUCCCUCCUCCCUUCUUCCCCGCCGCGAGGCCUCAGUCUGGAGGGCAGGCGCUUCCCUGCGGUGGGUCCGGAGGGCGGGCAGCCGGAGCCGAGUGGCUGCGCGGGAUUCCCCUGCUCCUGGUCCACCGUAACUCCCUCCGAGCCAGGCAGCGUCGGAGCAGCUGCCUCCGUUCCUCCUCCUUACGCUUUGCCUCUGGAGCUGCACAUCCGAAGGGGAAGAGGAGGGCCAGCAGCAGCAGCAGCCCCGCUCGGCCCCUCGCUGCCCCUGGGCUCUGCUGCUGCUGCUUCCAGGCGAGGCCUCCCGGGAGCCCUGCCUUGAGCCAGGAAGCCUGGCCCCCAGGCUUUGGCCUUUGGCCUCCAGACCGCCAGGCCAGGCUGGCCUCUGAAGGCACUGGCGCACAGAGAUAUAUAUAGACACCGGAAGCCUGGAGGGGAAGAGAGGCCAUGCAGGAGCCUCCCUGGAGGAGGAAGGAGCGGUGCCUGGGUCCAACGGUUCUGAGCCUCAGGAGGGUCCUCCUCAUCCUGUCUCAGUGGGAGCUCUUUGCCUGGAUCCUUGCCUCCAGGGCUCCCUUCUCUCCUGAAGACAAGGCUGCUCCCUCCUCCUGGGCUGGGCCUCCCUUCAGGCAUUAAAGCAGGGCUCUCUCUCCUCUCCAGGCUAAACAUGCCCAGCAGCAUCGCCUCAGAGGCCCUCCUUUGGACCUCAAAGACACUCGUUGUGGGAGAUCUUUCUCAGCCAUGGCUUCAGGACCUGCCUUCAAGACCCCCAGCAAGCCCUCGGAGAGAAGGAGGUCAGGACAGGGCAGCCCUUCACCCUCAGUAACCAUUCCAGCCUCUCCCUUCAUGCAGAAGCUUGGCUAUGGAACCGGAGUCAGCGUUUACCUGAUGAAAAGGUCUCCCAAAGGCGCCUCUCGCUCUCCUUGGGCAGUGAAGAAAAUCAAUCCCCAAUGUGACUCCAGCCAGCGAAGUACCUAUCAGAAGAGGCUGAAUGACGAAGCCACUAUUCUGAGACACCUCAAGCACCCCAACAUCGUGGGGUAUCGUGCCUUCACCGAAGCCAAAGAUGGAAGCAUGUGCCUUGCCAUGGAAUAUGGGGGAGAAAAGUCUCUCAACGACCUCAUUGAAGAAAGGCAGGCCAACCACCAGGGCCCCUUCCCAGCUUCGACCAUCCUCCGAGUUGCCUUGCACAUGGCAAGGGGGCUGAAGUAUCUUCACAAUGAAAAGAAAUUGCUUCACGGUGACAUCAAAUCUUGCAAUGUUGUCAUUAAGGGUGACUUUGAGUCAAUAAAGAUCUGUGAUGUGGGUGUUUCACUGCCUCUGGAUGAAAAUAUGAUGGUGAGUGACCCAGAGGCAGUUUACAUUGGCACCGAGCCCUGGAAGCCCAAGGAAGCUCUGGAGGAAGGCGGGGUCAUCACCGACAAGGCAGACAUCUUUGCCUUGGGGCUGACUUUGUGGGAGAUGAUGACCCUCUCCGUGCCCCAUGUUAACCUGCUGGGAGAUGCUGACGACUUGGACGAAGAUGCGUCUUUUGACGAAGAUGACUUUGACGAGGAUGCCUAUUACGCGGCGCUUGGAUCCCGGCCCCCCCUCAACAUGGAGGCACUGGGCCCCUCCUACCAGAAGGCCAUUGAGCUCUUUGUGCUCUGUACCAUGGAAGACGCCAGGAAGCGCCCGCCGGCCGCCCACAUUGUGGCCGUCUUGGAGUCAGACGGAGCCGUGCAAUAGCACCCCCGCCACGCUUGCCUUGCGCCACAAGGACAGCAGCCCUCUUUUCUCCCAGAGGAAUUGCUGUGUGGGAAGCCAGAGCUUCAGGUGUCCAUAGUUUUUAUAAUGAGGGCUUGUUGCCCUGUGUGCCUUUCUGUUUUAAGCUGUUGGGAGCACCCAGACUCAAUGUUUCAGAGUCACGAGUGAGGGAUCCAGGUAGGGGCUUUUCCAUACUGAGUUGUUGUGGACUGAUUUUCAGGGGCCUUUUGAGACUAGUGUUGUAAAUGUGUGUCUCUUUUCUCCCCCUCUAAACCCAAAUAUAGUGUGUGUGUGUUUCUCCCUCAUUUUUGAAUCGCAGACUUUUAUGGUAAAAAUAGAAUUAUACUGCUGUUCAUUUGGAGACAGAAACAAACAUCCAUCUGUUCUUGGCCAGUUCAGAAGAAGGUGGCUGCCCUUGUUCCCACGAUGGCCAGAGCAGUCUUUCUGUAUUUGCCGGGUGGCCGAGGCCUCUCUGUCCACCAGAGUGACCAUGUGGGCAGCCAGGGGAGGCCACUGGACUGUCCUGCUGCAAUGGACCUCUUUGUCAACCGCCAGCCUUGGACUUGCUCUCGCUGCUUCUUCUGCUCUCAAAGGAGAAAACGUUUGGCUCAUGUGCAAUUGUUUCUCUUUGUUUGUCUCAGAAGCAAUCUGGCUGGUCAACCAUCCCUUCCCCCAAAGAGGUUUGAGACAUCAGCUAUAACAAAAAUGAAAUCAAUUUAAAUAAAAUAGUAGCGUUAUACCAUGUGUAUGUAGAUAUGUACAAUGGUUUUAACAAAUAAACAACUGACAACAGUA